AUGCAUAAUCUACAAAGAAGGGUGGAUGUCAGCAUUAGAAGUUUCUAUAUUUUCAAUUCCACCUAUGGUCUAAAAGAGGGACAUGAAAAGGAAAAAAUACUCUUCUAUCAUCCCAAGGAUAUUGAGUUGAACACGAAAAUAUCCGAUAUUGGAUUGAGUCAAGCAUUUACAACAUUUACGGAUACCUUCACGGAUGAACCUGGUGGCUGUGAAGUUAUACACACGGAGAAAACCGUUCAAUUACUAUAUCAAGCUGAACCAACAUUUUGGUUAGUAUUGGUUCUAAAUGUCCCCAAGGAAAUGCUAACAAAGGAUGGUGUCGAUUAUGCUGAAUAUCAUCCAUAUGAACUACAUGAUGACGUCUAUCGUCGUGUAUUAAUUAUGGCCUAUGAACGUUUUCGCAUGCAAGAGGGUACAUUCCAAAUGCUCUUGGACGAGAAUCCUGAUAAUGGUCGGGAAAUUUUGGUGGACAAGUUGGAGGAGUUUUUCGAUAAGUACAUUUCAUCAUUGAAAUUACCAGCCGAGGAUAUAUUUGAAUUUAUACGUUCCUUACAAUAUUUACCAUUGGAUAAAGUAUUAUUCCUGAGAGUCCAUAACUUUAUUGAAUCCCUUAAAUCAUCAUAUCCCACAAUUAAGGAUUCGUUAUUCCUCUACAAGAACACAGUUGUAACUUGCGGUCGUUUUCAUUCCACCCAGCUAUAUACACUCUAUCGAUUUGUCCAGGAACAUUUGAAAACACCAAUAACAGCGAAUGGAGAACUUACAACAACACGUGAUACCAAACAUACUGUACACAAAAUAUAUAUUCAUAGCAACAAAGAUGGUAUUAAACCAUAUCGUAUGGUUAUAUAUCCAUCGACCAAUGUUAGCUUAUGCCUCUUCUUCGAACAACAAUGUAAUGAAAUUACCCAACAAUAUCUGGAAGAUAUUGGCAAUGUACUUAGUACACAAUUAUAUAUUUUAUCACGUGACAUUGAAGACUACUUAGAUAAACAGGUGAAUAUGACAACAACAACAAGUAAAGCAACAGCAUCAUCGACCGGUGAUAGUGACUAUGGUACUAAAUAUUUAUUUAUAAAUGAUCGAAGCCUCCAAAUGAUAACAAAUCUUGGUGAAGAUGAUAGUCAACGUAAGACGAAAUUAUCACAAAAUAUUCUAAAUGUGAUGGCAGAUAUAUUUAGCCUCACGGGGGAUAACCAUGAUAAUAGUAAGGUGCAUGAUAUGGCCAUUCCCAAUCAAGAGGAAAUAAUGGUCAAGUCCACGGAUGAUUUUUGGGUAGUCAAGCGACAUGGUAAUUGGCGUCAACGUUUUGUCAUUGUCUUCAGUACCAAACCCACCCUGCUCGAUAUGACUAAAGAAGCUGAACGUAUAUUUACUGAAUAUGAUAUUAAAGAUGGUGUAUUCUCUGACAAAUAAACAAAAUUAUCAAAUAAAUAAA